AUGUAUUACGGGUCGUCGUCUCCGUACACUGGAUCACCAUACAGUUAUAGUAGUUCAGUUUCUCCUCUUGGAUCAUCAUAUAGUGCUUCGUAUCUCAAUCCUGGUGGAAACUAUAGCAAUCAUUCUUCUCUUGGCGGAUAUUCUCGUGCACCAGUAGCUUCAAGAUGGAUUACAAGUUCUGGAAGAAAUUACUCUCCUAUGUUAGGUACUAUUUCUGAAAGAGGAUCGGCGAGUCCUGUUAGAAUAAACAGCCCAAGACGGUUACCACUUUCGACAAGAACUUACCAUAGUUCUAAUUACACGCCACGUCCUGUCAAUAUAAAUACUGCUGAUAUUGAUGUAUCAAAAGACAAAUAUCGGCAUAAAGUUGAGUCUACGCCGUACCAAGCACCGCCAUUAGCAUCACACCAAAACUCGAAUGAAGAGAAUGAUAAGGGUCCUUUCAUGCCUCGCGUUGACGGUAAGGUGGAAUCUGAUGUCAGUUCACCCUCAGAGGUAAAACGGGGUACUAUACAACGAGGAAGAACAGUUGUAAGACUAUACACUGUUAAAAGAAAAGAACGAGAUUCACCUCGCAAGCCUGUCGAAAAUCAGCAAUGUUUGAACAAUACGAGCAAUCAGGAAGCAGUGGAAAAAGAUGAUACUAAAACGGAUGAAAAAGAGUUUAUGAAAUGGAGGGAAAAGCUGUCUGAAGAUUUAGCAUUUAAGGAAAAAAAAGAGACAAAAACAUUAGGUGCCAAACUAGUGGAAAAGUUCAUGGUCAAAGAUGAUAUUGAUAAAACCUCAUACAAUCCAACUAAAGUGGAAAAAAAUGACACUGAAGAUAUUGCAAAAUUGCCUACAACAUCAACAUCUGUAAAUAACUUUCCAUCAAAUAAGUGCCUAGAUCGAAGAUGUUCCAUUGAACUUAUGGCAGAACAAGCUAAUUUAUUGGAUUCACUAAUUAGAAGUGAAAAUCUGAGUACCGCGACAUUAGAGUUGAAUAAAGUAGGUAUUGUUGAUAAUAAAAAUGAUCUAGAAAUAUUUGAAUCUCUUAAAAGGCAAAAACCUGAUAAUCUGCUUAACCCUAUAAAAACUACAAAAUCUGAUCACUCGUUGCACUUAAAAUCGCAUAAAGAUGUAAGGGACCCUAAAAACUUUUCUAAACGACGAAGCUUAAAAAAAUCAUCUUCAGGAAGUAGUAUUCGAAGGUUAGAUUCUAUAACGGAGUUUCCUAAAGAAUCAAACAAUGUAAAUUUACCUUCUAUUGAAGAAAGUAUACCAUUAAUAAAACAAGAAAAUACAGGACAAAAGCCUAAACUUAAAAUAAAAGCGAAGAUCACGAGCUCUGUGGAAGUGACUGCACCCAAGAGUCCGCUUAAAUUCAUAGUUGAAAACGUUACUGUAGAAGAAAAGCUCCAUGCUCCAAAAAAAGGAAUAACGUAUAGUAGUGAGGUAGAAGAAAUAACGACUCCUGCCAAUACGCUAGAAAAAUUGGUACAAAAUAAUAUUAAGAAAAACUUAGAAGACAAUGAAAAAGACCUACCUUCUCCUGAGCCUGAAAAUGGCAAUUUUUGGGACAAGAUUGGAAAAAGAGAAACAGUGUACCUUAUGAAACGGAAACAAAAUAUUGAUGAAUCAAAAGAAAAACAUAAGCGAGCAUUGUUUUGGUUUCCCGAGGACAAAGAGGCGGAUAAUUCUGAACAGCUCAAUGAAAGCAAUCUGAAUGAAGUAAAUUGUAAAGUAGAGUCAGUAGAUAUAAAUAGCGAGGGUAACCAACCAAAUGAAAGAGAGAAAGAAAAACUAUUUGAUAAAGAAAUUAAUAGUGAAGUAGAAAUUUCUGCAACUUGUUCUGAUUCAGAUAUUUCGAAAUAUGGAUCAAUAGAGAAAAAUACAGAAGCUAUGAAUGUGUUCAAAGAAAUAACAACACAAAUGAACUCAACGGCUGAAACAGAUAAAAAUAUACCUUUGCCCAAAAUAUUAAGCAAAGUUCGCGAAAAGGACGAUUUAACUUUGGCCAAUGCAUCUCAAUCAGACAAUGAUCCCUUAAAGGCUAAAAUUAGUUGCGCUUAUAAGCAAAAUAAGAAUAUUGUCAAAAGUGCAUCUCUAGAAAAAGUUAAUGACAGUCAAUUUAAUGUGAAUGGUCAGAAGAAAACUAAAUCCGAAAAAUCAAAGAAAAUACUAAAAAUUGAAAAUAUAAUUGAAGCUAACCCACUUCAAGUUACUUCGCCUACUAUUCACCAAAAACCAAAUAAUGCGAAAAUAAAAGAGGAUAUAACGGAAGAUAACAUUGCUAUGGUCGAUAAAACACAUAUUCAUGUUAACAAUAAACAAGAAACAGUAAAAAAUUCAGGGCAAGACUCUGACAUACAAAAACCUGUCUGCCCAAUACAUCCAUAUGGCUUACAAAAAGUUAAAGAACAAAAUAUUGAAACGGAUAAAAUAAAAAUAGGAAAUUCCACACUGGACAGUAAAGUCGUUUCUAGUACAAGUGCAGGCAUCAUUAGUAAUCCACUAAAAAACGAAUCUAGUACAAACAGUAAAGAAAUAUCCUCAACAAUAGAAAACGAAUCAAAAAAUUUAGCCUUAACAGUUAAAAACAGUGGCAAAUCAAUGGAGAAACGUAUUGAAGUAUCAAAAAUAAACAAGACUGAAAAUCAAAUGAAAUUAACGAAUUUAAAAAUGUCUAAUGCAAAAAAUAAUUCAAAAAUAUCUCAAAGUUUAUGUGAAAUCGAAGCGAGAGAUAUGGCAAUGAGUAAGCAGAUCGCCUUAAAUGAAAAAAAUAAUGAAGACGAAAAAAGAUCUACAAGCAUUGAUGAUGCUACAAAUAUCAAUCAACCGCCAACUUCAUCAGCCGCACCUAUAAAUAUACCGUUUCAAAACACAGCUGAUUUUGAAACUAGUUUGAUCGAUUCCAGUGUACCAACAAAAACUAAAGCGAAUGAUAUUCCUGAAGUAGUAAUAAAUUUGUCAGACAUUCCAAUCGAAGCGAGUGAAUCAGAAGCCGAAGCAAAAGUUCAAAGUAACCAAAAGACAAACGAAGAAAAUAAGGCUGUAAAUAAUACCCAAAAAGAUGUUAAAAUAGUAGAACCUAAGGAAAUAAAUGCUAGUCCACCUCUUACAAUAACGCCAAAAAAAGUUGUAAAGGAGGAAAAAGCAUUGAAGCCUUUAAUAGCUACUCCACGGCCACUCCAAAAGAAAGCUCCUCAAGUUAUCCAUUCAUCGGACUCGUCUGAUACCUCUUCAGAGGAAGAAACGUCAGAAGAUGAUGAUGAUGAUACUGAUUCAAGUGAAGGUUCAGGCGAAUUUUUCGAAUGUGAAAAUAAUGCAGAUGGCAGGACUUCGACUGGUUCUAAUGAUUCCGGUUUCGAUUCUUCGGCGCCUGCAUCGCCAGCAACAUUUUCCCAAAUAAAGAAAGACUGCGAUGUUAACUGCCAUCGGAAAUGUGAAAAACUGACAGCAAAUUUAUGUGGAGUGAACCAGCGUCUGUUGGUGGAAGCUCUAGCAACAAGAACGGCAUCCAAGAAAGGAGGUGAAGUGUCGGCGACAUCGUCGAGCUCAGCGCCCGCACAGAGCAAUAACACCGACAUCUUAGAACAACAGCUUGAACAAUCUACUGCCUACGACAUCUACAGAAAAACUGGUCGUUUCACUCCGCCUGCACGGUCUAUUCCCCGAUUUAGGAAGUACACAGUGGAAGACUUCCAAUUCAUCAAAGUUUUGGGAAAAGGAAGCUUUGGAAAGGUUUUAUUGGCUGAACUACGCGAUACAGAGUACUACUACGCCGUGAAAUGUUUGAAGAAAGACGUCGUAUUAGAGGACGACGAUGUUGAAUGCACUCUGAUCGAGAGAAAAGUUCUCGCUCUUGGCACCAACCAUCCCUACCUCUGCCAUUUAUUUGCUACUUUCCAGACUGAUUCUCACCUGUUCUUUGUAAUGGAGUUCCUUAAUGGCGGUGAUCUGAUGUUCCACAUUCAACAAAGUGGACGUUUCCCUGAGGUUCGUGGAAGAUUCUAUGCUGCAGAAAUAGUUUCUGGACUUAAAUUCCUACACAAGAGAGGCAUCGUUUACAGAGACUUGAAACUGGACAAUAUUCUGCUAGACUACGAGGGGCACGUCCGCAUCGCCGACUUUGGAAUGUGUAAGCUACAAAUAUACUUAGACAAAACUGCGGAUACAUUCUGCGGCACCCCAGACUACAUGGCGCCUGAGAUAAUAAAAGGCCUCAAAUACAAUCAGACAGUCGAUUGGUGGUCAUUUGGCGUUCUUCUUUAUGAAAUGCUCAUUGGCCAGAGUCCAUUCAGUGGUUGUGAUGAAGACGAACUUUUCUGGUCCAUCUGCAAUGAGAUGCCAUCUUAUCCGCGCUUCCUCUCGCGUGAGGCCCUCACCAUACUGACAAGGUUAUUGGACAAAGAUGCACGGACAAGACUUGGUGGCACUGAAUGUAUGCACGGUGACAUCAGGGAGCAGGAGUUUUUCCACCCGAUACACUGGGACAGGCUAGAGAGACGCGAACUGGAGGCCCCUUUCAAACCAAGAGUGAGGCAUCCGAUGGACACCCAAUACUUCGACCGAGCGUUCACCGGUGAGCGACCUCGUCUCACCGCGGUAGAACCGCAAGUGCUUCGCUCCAUGGACCAAGAACCUUUCAGGGGAUUUUCCUAUACUAAUCCAAAUACGACAGGCCGCUAA